GAAGCGUGAGACCUCAGAGGCACCCGCCAGUGUCAAGGAUGACGCUGGCAAUGACAACGACACUUCUGCCGAGGUGGGCGCGGACGACCAGAUUCCCCCAUAAAAGAAGAAGACGCUUCGGGUUCGGUGGAAAGACACCAAUGAGGAAGAGGCCCCUACAGGGUCUCAACCCCGUCCAGCCGAACCCGAGCCAGCGGACUCUUCAAAAAGGCAGACCCGAGGCGGCCGUCGCAAGCGCAAGCUCGCCGAUAUGGAAGAAGAAGAAGAAGAGGAAGAACCAGCCGACGCUUCUGACUCCAAUGCCGCAGCCGCUGUGAGCGAUGCUAGGGCCGGCACCGCGGAGGGAACCAAACCUCCACGGAAGCGAUCCAAACGGGGGCGCAAGCCAAACAAAGAGCGCGACGAGUCAGUCGAAGAGAUUGAUUCUGACGCUGCUCCAGUCCCCGGUGCGGAUUCUGCUGCUGCCAGGCCCCGCGCCACAGCGCUCGGGGCGCAAGCCUUUCCCCCCUUCCCGACAGAUAGUCUCAAGGGGGCCGCCCAGUUGUCCAUGCAUACAGUUCUCAGUCGACAAUUGCAGGAGAGGCUUGAGGACUGUGAGACCAAAUGGCUUGCGGCGAUCGAGUCUCUUCAAACUGCUAAAGAGACGCUGGACAGCUGGGUGGAGGUUUGGCGGAAAGGGUUGUAGUCCCGUCAUUCCUGGAAGGACUUGCGGUGUUGUUUUCGGUUGUUGGAUUGGAUGAAUUUAUGGUGCAUAGCGAUGGCGUUCCUGGCGUUUCUGGUGGUUUUUCUGGCUUGUCUGGGAUUGGUUUGGGUUGGAUCUGCUCCUGUAUACAUCGUCUGCUGGUUAGCGGCUAGGGAUGAGCGGCUUUUGUAUCUUUUGAUCUUCUGAAAAUUAGGAAAGGAGACCUGUCUUGUUUCAGCUGAACCCGUGGGUUUCUGUUCGCAGGAAUGGCCAUGAUGGGGCAGCUUGGAUUGAAGGAAUCGUGGGCUCCGGAGGUGAGAUGGUUUGCACUGCAUAUAUCUGGUGGUGGAUUAAGGGAUUACUAUGAGCGAUGAGCACGAAUGAAUGAUAUGAAGCCACCCCAAUUUA